AAGACGAAAAAGUUAUAAAAUAAUGUAAUUUUAAACAACGAUUAAAUAAACAAAUGAAUUAUAAUAACAAAUAAUAGACUUUGAUUUAGAAAAUAUACAUAACAAAUAUAUAAAUCUACGUGUUCUUUCUUUGCUGGUCAACUAGUUGAACUUUGACUUAAAAUAUUAAAACAUCUUUGAUGAACUUUUCACUUUCACUUUUUACGUUAACAAAACUAUAAUUGCUAAAUCACCCAAAAAAUCUAAUAAACAAACGAAACGUACAAAAUCCGGUAAAAUGGCCACUAAAAGAAAACCCAUACGACCCAAUGUGUAUACGGGGCCACAAAUGAAUUUUCGCGGGGGACCCGAUGUAACUAGAUCUGAAGCCAAAGGUACACGUCCCACUGCUCCUCCCACAAGCAUUAGGGAAAUAAUGGUCAUGAUGAUAAUGCACAUUUGUAAAAAGACCAUUUUCUUUGAUACGAAUCUUAAGGUGGCUUUGUAUUUGGGCAGUUUGUUUAUAAUAUCAUUAAUUGGUGAUUUUAUACCAUUUCCCAAGACGUAUUUUGCCCGUUCGGAUAAUAUGUUUAAUGUUUAUUUUGUAAAAAUUGGUUGGGGUUGGACUCUAUUGUUUUCGGUGCCAUUUGUGGUGAUGACUUCAUAUACACUGUGCUGCGGUGACAUGAAGAAGUUAUUGCGUCAUCAUAUCCCACGUAUUGCUAUUGCUACAUUCUUUUGGUUUUUCUGGACGAAGUUGUUUAAUGUUAUCGAGACGUCAUAUGGAAAAUGUACAGUUAAAGGUUUUUCUACCAAAUCAAGUUGUCUUCGAGCUGGUCACUUAUGGAAUGGAUUCGAUAUAUCUGGUCAUGCUUUUAUACUUAUACACUCGAGUCUAGUACUAAUCGAAGAAGCUAGACCCAUUAUUAAAUGGGAAGCUAUUAAAGAACAUUUACGCAAUGAACUACAUGAUCGUUCUAUAGCCGAAACAUCAAGCACAAAUCCUCUACGUAAUCUUAACGAUGAACAAAUGCGUAAUUUGAAAUUUCUUUAUGAACGUCUAACACCCAUAAUACGCACUUUAUUCAUUGGUAUGGCUGCCUUGCAAUUAUUAUGGGAUGUAAUGCUGGUGGGCACUAUGCUCUACUAUCAUCGUAUGAUUGAAAAGUUUAUUAGUGGUAUUAUUGCUAUUUUCACUUGGUAUUUUACUUAUCGCUUUUGGUAUCGUUCGUCAGUAUUACCGGAUCCUGCCGGAAGUGGUGAAUUUUUCUAUCAAAAGGAGAAUAAAGAUGCAUUUGUUUUUAGACGUCAAAAUAGCAUGACAUCAAUGCCGAAUGCCAAUGUACCAUCGACAAGUAGUGGUUUUAGAAGUGCUGCCAGCUGUGGUAGCAGUCAAGCACAAGUACCUAAAUUUAUGGGUAUGCCACUUUACACAAGUCCCAAAGCAGCUAGUUCUCUCAUUACCAGCUCAAAUGGUAAUGAUAGAUAGAUCAAUGUACAUAUUGAUCAUUGAAGAUAUUAGUGAAAAUUAUAUAUUAUGUGUUGGGUAAUAAAGUUGAAGGUGUUAAUAUUUUUUUAUAUACCAAAUUUUUAAAAUUUC